CGCUACCGAUAUAUUUCCCUUCACCUUGACACCUUGCCUGACGCCGUCCAACAACACGAUCAAGCGCGUCGCGUCACAUCCGCGCCUGCAGCCGACACCAGCGGUUGAAGAACACCACACUUCGCCGAUUCUUUCGCGGAAGGGAUGGAACGGACGGGAGAAGAAACGAAGCUCCUCAACAUUCAACGCGACGUUCCAAGACCAACAACAACCGACAAGCGGCGUAACUUGCGGACAUACAGCAAACGGUCACGCCCAACAGAAUAUGACGAUACAGGUCCGGGGCUUCUAAAGAAGCGCAGAGUCACCGCGGAACCAGCCACACGGACACCAGAGCUUCCGAGACUUUAUCCGGCGCAACCCACCCAACCGUCCAGCAACAUACCUAAGAGCUCGAUCCUGAGUUACUUUAAGCCAUGCCGAUCGAGUUCAGCCACCGAGUCCUCCGAUCCGUUGUCCGACUCGGAAAAGCUGAUCAACACUCCUCCGUCCUCGCCUCCAGUCUUCCACAAAAUCAAAGAGCCCCGCAGGCUGAGGUUGCGGCCCAGCAAUCCCAUACUGCCCUCAUCAGAUACCGUGGAGAAUGCCAAGGACGGCGGUGACGAAGGUGGAGACGUUGACACAACAAGGACUGGGAGGGUUUUGAGGAGCUCGAGGACACAAAUCGGGAAAGAACUGAAGGAGGUCACCAACAGCAAGCUCAAUGAGCUCCGAGACGACAAGGAGGUGAAAGAGGCUGCCGUCCCAAAGAAGCCACCGUCACGUUCGAAAUCCGUCGCGACGGUCCAGACGACCAUCAACCUGUCCUCGAAGCCUGCCUUCAUGGAGUGCAAGAUAUGCCGCAUCCUCUACAACCCGUUGCAUCCCCCCGAUGUUAAAUACCACUCGCAGAGGCAUGCAGCAUUCCUCCGGGCCAGAGCUAGGGCAAGAAAUACGGCAUAAACGAAACUUGGAAAAUAAUGACCCAAUGAUACCCCUUUAGCAAUUAAUACCAUGU